AGUUGGAUAUAAAUUCUUCGUCGGUAAAGUAAUUUCCUAAUAUGUAGUUAUUUGUGUCGUGCGCGAAAUAUUUCGGAGCAUUUGAAAGCGAAAACAAUUUCAUUUUUCGUAAUACAUGUAAUUGUGAGACCCGUUCAUAUCGGACGAUUUUUCCACCAUGGCUGAAUAUCUGGCAUCAAUUUUUGGAACCGAGAAAGACAAAGUGAAUUGCUCCUUUUAUUUCAAGAUUGGUGCCUGUCGACAUGGUGAUCGUUGUUCGCGAAUUCACAACAAGCCGACUUUUAGUCAGACGUGUCUACUCCAGAAUCUUUACGUGAAUCCUCAGAAUUCUGCCAAAAGCGCAGAUGGAUCGCAUCUGGUUGCAAAUGUAUCAGACGAAGAGAUGCAAGAGCAUUAUGAUAACUUUUUUGAAGACGUUUUUAUCGAAUGCGAGGACAAAUAUGGCGAGAUCGAAGAGAUGAACGUGUGCGAUAAUCUCGGCGAUCAUCUGGUCGGGAACGUUUACAUCAAAUUUCGCAGAGAGGAAGAUGCGGAAAGGGCGGUUAACGAUCUCAACAAUCGUUGGUUUGGUGGCAGACCCGUUUACGCAGAGCUCUCUCCCGUCACCGAUUUUCGCGAGGCUUGUUGUCGUCAAUAUGAAAUGGGUGAAUGUACCCGUUCCGGAUUUUGUAACUUCAUGCACUUGAAGCCCAUCUCCCGGGAACUUCGUCGGUACUUGUACAGCAGGAAGAAGGGAAAAGGUCGAUCGAGAUCGCGUUCAAGAUCACGCGGUCGCGAUCGCAGGAGGAGAUCCAGAUCGCGUGACAGAAGAUCCAGGUCUAAAGAGCGACGUAAAGGAAGAGACGAGAAAAGCAGAGAUGGCCGAUCUGGUCGUUAUUAAAAUUAAUUUCCGUCAAUGUAUUUUUUUUUUAGUUUUUCUUAU